GUACGAAGGGUCGGGUGAAUUCCCAAGUCAGUGUUGCGUUAUAACUUGUGUGGUAAGACAGGAUGAUGGUGGUGCCUCGAGUCGUGAUCUCAGCGGCCCUUCUCCUGGCGGCGCUGCUGGUGACCGACGCCCAGUACAGCUAUAACCUCAGACCCAUCAUAGGCGUCCUCUCCCAGGCUCCUUCCGACAGCCUCCUCUCUGGCCUGGUCGACAAGAACUACACUGGCUUUAUCGCUGCCUCUUACGUCAAGUACCUGGAGAGUGCCGGGGCCAGGGUGGUACCAGUCCUAACCCACCAGGAUGACGCCUACUAUGAGAACCUUGUUCAUUCUCUCAACGGGUUCCUCUUCCCCGGGGGCGGUGUGUCCAUUACCAACACUAGUGGCUACGGUGCCGCGGGUCAGAAGAUAUAUGACCUAGUAAAAGAGCUCAACUCGAAGGGAAUCUACGUGCCACUGUGGGGGACCUGUCUGGGUUUCGAGAUGUUGACCUACCUGGGAGCCAAUUACGUCAACUUACUAACCGCCUGCAACGCUAACAACAAGGCUGACCCCCUCAACCUGCAGGACGGUUACCUAGACUCAAGAAUCUUCAGCCAAUUGCCAGAGGACAGCGUCAACUCACUUAGGACCCUCAACGUCACCGUCAACUUCCACCAUCAUUGUAUCACCCCCGAGGUUUUCAAAUCAUCAGGACUGUCAGAUGAGUUCAAGUUGCUAGCUACCAGUUGGGACAGUGACGGGCGGGAGUACGUGGCGUUAAUGGAACAUCAAGACUUGCCCAUCUAUGGCUCUCAGUUCCACCCAGAGAAGAACCAGUUCGAGUGGAGUACAAGUAAAACACACACAGCUAUUCCACACUAUCUAAAAUCCCUGGAGGUGUCUCAGUCCUUAGCUAAUUUCUUCGUCGAGCAAGCUCGUCAGAACAACCAGAGCUUCACCACGGAGAAGGAGGAAGAAGUCGCCCUCAUCUACAACUACCAUCCCUUCUACACCGUCUGGUCAACCUACACCCAAGUCUAUUUCUUCCGGUAAAACCUCCAGCCGGUUGUGUAUAAUCUGGCGGAGAAGUUAACACCCAUUUACACCGUGUUACUUCCUCCACCUUUGAGUUAACUGUACGACAAUGAGGACAAUAACAAUAUUCUAACA